AUGAACUCUGCUCAGAGAAUGAAGAUCUGCGUGGCAACCGUCUUUUCGAUCGCCCUCCUUCUGGGUAACUCCGUCAACCUCCGAGCUUCUAUUACUGGGCCAGUCCCCUCGGACGGUGAUGGUCCGGUGACUCAGGAGUGCCACAAAAGCUGCCAACAACCUGUAGUUUUAGGAACAAUUUUACAAGGGCCAAAGGGUGAUGCAGGUGAGCCAGGUCAAAAGGGUGACACAGGGCAUAAAGGUUUAGUCGGACCAACCGGUAAGAAUGGUGUCAAAGGUCAAAAGGGUGAGCCAGGGGAGUCACCAGACGACCGGCGGGUAGCAUUCACCGUGGAGACCAAGACGCUUCUACCAGGCACAAACUUCGAUCUGGAGACCGGCACAUUCACGUGUAGUGUGCCGGGCACCUACGUGUUCACGUUUUCUGUGAGCAAAUAUACUCCCAGCAGCAACCUGGCCGUUCAUCUCCGGAAGAACGGCGCCAUAUUUGUCUCUGGCGGUAGCAAUGAAUCAAGUAAUGGUGAACAGGUGAUCACAGUAGCUCAGUCAGACAGGGUCACGGCACUGUGA